AUGAGGGAGAAAAUACAGGACACGUUCGAUGGCGUACGAGAAUUGAGACGCAGUGGCAUUCAGAGCGAUCUCGAGGAAGCAGCAAAACAAGGCCCUAGCCUUAUUCUUGUACUACCGGACGGAACAAAGAAGGAAGUCUCUAGCGAGGCUAUCAAGAAGGUUGUCGACAAGGUUGACAAAAACAAGGAUCACUUGGGCGUCAACAUCGUCGACAAAAACCCCCACAACAAGAACAAGCCCAACCCAGCCGGUCCAUCACGCAGGGACCCGGAGGAUUAUAUUAUCGACCCUUGGAACUCCGGUUAUCCGUAUUCUGCCUGCGGACGGUUCCACAUCAAAAGAAGUUGCAGCAUGACACUCAUUGGACGACGCCUAGCUUUAACAGCUAUGCACUGUGGCACAACGGGCAAGGUCUACCCAUCUUUCUAUGACAAAAAAGUUAAAGGACGAUCCACGAAAGUUGUCGCAGCAUAUCACGACGAGCGCUAUACACCCAAUGUGGAUGGGUGGGAACUCUUCGACUGGGUAAUCCUCGUUCUGGAUUGGAACAUAGGAGAUAAUUUCGGUUACAUGGGCGUAGCCGCGAACGUCAAAACCGAAUGGGUAGGGGACCCCGCGUUCCGCAACGUGGCUUAUCCUUUUGAGAUAAUGGAGCAAAAGAGGCCCGAUGCAUAUGGAGCUCCAGGUUCGUCGGGGAGUUCACUGUGGUUUGAGGAUGAAGAUAAGAACGCCAUCGUAGUCAGCGUCGUGAGUUCGCUGAAUGUCACCGCAAAGACCGUUAAUGUCGCGGGUCACGUCGGGCCGUCUGAACUUGCCGAACGGGCGCUCUACGCAGCCACAGAGUGGCCUGCCGAGUAA